UCCGCCGAUUUCACCCGAGUUGUUUUUGCAACAAGGACUAGAAAACUUAGUUCCCGGGCAACAACCCCGUAAAGAUCGGAGGGCUAUUGGUUGCAGUUAUAAACAGACGUGCCAUCCAUCCCUGUGUAAUACUCGAGUUUGAAUUGGGUUCGGGUCUUUGAUCGCUCAUCAUGAUGCGUUACUGGGGUGAGAUCCCUGGACCUGCAGGGGCUCCUCCCAGUCGCAGCUCCUUUGACUUGCUCCAGCGUGAGUUUCGCUCAGUGGAGAUGCAGGACCCACCGCUGCACCAGCCCUCAGCCCAGCGUCCGCGGCCCACCACAAUGCUGGACAUCCCCUCAGAGCCCUGCAGCCUCACCAUCCACACAGUGCAGCUGUGUCAGCACACCCGCCGCCUCCGUGGUCUCCUGGCAGCGGCCCAAGCCCAGGCUCAGGGUCAGAGCUCAGCGUCCUCUGAGGCUGGCAGCAAGCUGGAGGAGGCUGAUACCACCCUCCCCCCGCGUCCUCCCACCCCACCUGUCAUGCCAGAUGACUUACUACCUGUGGACAGCAAAGCCCCGCGGCAGCCCUUCCAGCUGCGCCACAGUGACCCCGAAAGUGACUUCUACAAGGGUAAAGGCGAGCCUGUCACAGAGCUGAGUUGGCCCUCCUGCCGGCAGCUCCUCUAUCAAUCAGUGGCCACUGUGUUGGCCCAUGCCGGCUUUGAGUCGGCCCAGGAGAGCGUGCUGGAGACCCUGACGGACCUGGUCCAUGAGCAUUACCUGCGCCUCACCCGCCUGCUGCGGGUGGCGGUGGACCGGGAGGCUCGGCUAGGAGCCAGUCCCUUCCCAGACGUGGUGGAGCAAGUGUUCCAUGAGGUGGGCAUUGGCAGCGUGUUGGCCCUGCAGCGCUUCUGGCAAGUGCGGAUCAAGGACUAUCACAGCUACAUGCUGCAGGUGAGUAAGGAUCUGUCAGAGGAGUACGAGCGACUGGUGAACCCAGAGAAGGCUCUGGAGGACUCCAAGCCCCUGAGGAUCAAGGAAGAACCUAUGAGUGACAUCUCCUUCCCUGUCAGCGAGGAGCCUGAGGCCGACCUGGCCUCCGGGGACCAAGCUCUGCCCAUGGGGGUCCUCGGGGCCCACGGCGAGAGGCUAGCUUCAGGCCUGGACGGUGACCAUUCACCUCACACCUCAGGAGGGGGCGGGGCCAACAACUCCCCACUGUGGCCGCAGGUCAAAAUGGAGCCACAGGAUGGCGAGGAGGGCCAGGGUGCCAGCCAUCAUCAUCACCACCACCACCACCACCACAGCGUCCUGGGCGGAGAUGUGUUCGAGGAGGGUGGGCCCAUGUCCACCAUGAGCGAGUCAGGAGGGGCCAUGGCGCCCUCCCCCGGAGGCGCGGUGUCAGACGCCAGCUACGCUUCGCAUUCACCCGACUCCUUGAUGGGAGCCUCGCCUGUCUUCAACCAAAGACCCAAGAAACGGGCAAAGAAGAUGUGAGGCCAUAUUUGAGGAAUCUGAACUGGAUAACUCAUUAGUUAUCCUGCAGUGAAAAUAAUAUUGUGGUGAAACCCGCCAGCUGUUUUCCAGCUGUUGAGAUGAUGGCCACUGUACUGACUGACUGAGACGAACUGAAGGGGAAUGUGGGGAAAGAAAGUGAUAUUUUGUAGUUUUUUCAUUUGUUUGUAUGAGUAUAGUUUCUCUAAACAUAGCUGAUGUUGCCAUUAAAUAUAUUAAUGGGU